GUCCAUGAGAUUGAAAGUAGGAAUGGGCUGGGCCGCCUAGUGUCUUCUUUGUGGGAGUCUGUGUCGUUUGUGACAAUAGAGAAGAGCUGAAGGUGAUCGCGAGAGCGGCAGCAUCACCGUACACGCCCUUCACGGAGAACGGACACGAGCACCAUAUCUGCUUCAUAUCAGACUGACAGAGAUACUGCAUGUCGAAGAAGUUCAUUCGCGACCACAGCCAGUUAUUUGACGCGAACUGGACAAACUGGUAACAAUCCUCCUCCUCCUCCGCCUCCACGGGUGGGCUGCUCGCACUCCAAUGUGCUGGGAAUCAGAAAGCCUCACAACGUAGAGCUGCGAUACCCAGUGCCUACUAUUUCGGAUUAAUUCGUGCGAACGGCGGAUGUAAUUUAUCGGAGAUCAUCCCGAGGCUUUCUUCAAAUGCACAAGCGUUCUGUUUAAACAAUUACGGCUGUUGUUCUUGGCUGGAGACCCCCCUAAAACCGGACGCGACACAGCUCACUCUGGAGUAAUUAAAUCAUUCGGGAGUCAGAAUACGGACUUUGACGAGGUCCGAACAGGUGUAUGCGUUGACAACUCCGUCCGGGACUGAUUGCUGAAGGGCGAGCUCUUGGGGUGGAUUAGGAAUAAGUAUCACAUUUAUUUCAUCUGAGACAUCUGGACUUAAUCGCCAGUGCAGAGAACACAAGAACUAUGGAUAUUAAAUGGCUUAAUAUAGCCUUUGCGUUGUUUGUGAGCUCUUGUUUGGCCCAGCGGCAGGUCACAGUGCAGCCAGGGCCCCUCGUUCGAACGGAAGGUUCUCAUAUCAGCAUCUGGUGUAAUGUGACUGGCUACAAGGAAGGCAUAGAGCAGGACUUCGAGUGGUCCAUGUACUUUUACACAGCUCCUGAUCGAGAGAUCCGUAUCGUGAGCACGUCUCAGCACAACUAUGCCUACGCCUUGUAUGCCCAGCGUGUCAACAGCAAGGAGAUCUACAUCGAGAGGCUGAGUGGAGACUCGGCCCUGCUGCACAUAACCAAGCUGCAGGCCACUGACCAGGGCACGUUUGAGUGCUACACCCCCAAUACUGACAGCCGCUACCUGGGCUCCUACAGCGCCCGGACCAACCUCACUGUGAUCCCGGACAAUCUGACGGUUACGGCGCCUGCUCAGACUCUCUCGAAAGUGGAGGGGGACACUCUACAGCUGAGCUGUGAGGUCACACGGCAGACAUCCCAGCACACACACGUGUCUGUGGGCUGGUACCUGCGCCCUGCUGAUGACCCCAGUUCUGCUCCACGUGAUCUGGUCACCCUGUCACGGGACUUCAUUUUAAGACCAGGGGGACAGUACCGUCAGCGCCUGUCCUCUGGAGACCUGCGGUUGGACAAGACCAGUGCCACCACCUACCGUCUUACCAUCUACAAGCUGCAGCCCACAGACCAGGGCGAGUUCUACUGUGAGGCCUCAGAAUGGAUCCAGGACCCAGAUCGCUCUUGGUAUGCCAUGACCCGGAAAGAGUCAGAGAAGACGUCUGUCAAAGUUCAGCCCACAGAUCGUGACUUUAGUAUCCAGGUAACUACAGAGCGCCGGGCCUACACGGCUGGUGAACCGCUGGAGCUCCGCUGCACCAUUGAUGCUCAGAAUGUUCCAGAGCGCUUCUUCUCGGUGUCGUGGGUCUUCAGCAGCUCACCCGUAGCCGUGGUAGGGCCCAGUGCCGUGCCCGUACUGGGACCAAACUACAUUGAGCGAGAGGCGGCUGGCCUCCUGACUGUGCGAAAAGAGAGCUCCUCUGUCCACCUGCUCAAGCUGCAGCGGUUACUGCCUGAGGAUUCGGGGAAAUACAUCUGCAGAGUGACAGAGCGGGAAAAGACGCUCACUGGAGAUUUCAUCGACCGCAGCAAACGGUCCCGUAAUGUUCAGAUCACUGUAACCCCUCUCAGGAGUAACAUUACUGUAUCGUUAUCCAGUGAGUCUUCAGAGAUUAUGGAGGGAGAAACCAUCAAGUUGACCUGCAUCGUUAACAACACUCUGGGUCCCCUGUCAGUGAACUGGCAGUGGACAGAUAAAGACGGGGCGGGUCCUGCGGUGGGCGUGGCUUCUGUAGACCGUGAUGGCACAGUCACACCUGGGUCCACCUUUAGGGAUCGCAGCAGCUAUGGAGAGGUCCGGGUGGAGCGAGUAAGGCCCGACACAUUCACCCUGUCCAUGCAGAAUGCUCUCCCCACAGAUGACGGCCAGUUCAGCUGCAGCGCCAUUGAGUGGUCACAGAGCGGAACAGCACCUGACUGGGUCUGGCAGCAGAUUGGGGAUGAAACUGCAAUCAAGACCGUCACUGUAAAAUCAGUUGAAUCUUUCUUCUUCGUGUCUGCCUCCUCCCGUACGCCCGGCGUGACGUUUGGCGACUCAUUUGACUUGCAGUGCAUUGUCAAGCCACGGCACAAUCCCAAUGUUCCUGUUGCAGUCACAUGGCGUUUCCUGCCAGCAGAGGGCGAUGGAGAGUUCCGCGAUUUGGUGACGUUUACGCGGGAUUGCACUCUGCAGUGGGGUGAGCAACUGUUAGGGCUGGGCACGCGCACAACAGUGGAUCGUACGCCCACUAACACCAACUUCCGCCUCAGCAUCACCCGAGCCGGACGCAAGGAGGCUGGGACGUAUCAGUGUGGUGCACAGCUCUAUCGGAGGAAUUAUGACGGCACCUGGAGCACAGUGGCCAACCGCACCUCCAACCCGCUGGGCAUCAGUGUACUGCAGCCUGCAAGUAAACUGCGAGUCCACAAAUCCAACCAGACUCUGCAGUUUCUGGAAGACAGCCGCGUGCAUGUCAACUGCUCCAUCACUUCUCAAACCAGCCCUGAGUCCCAGCAUGCGGUGCUGUGGUAUGCCCAGAAGGCUGAACCGGGAGAGCCUGACGAGCUGCUGUUAAAGAUCGAACAUUCUGGGGCGUUUGAGUACGGAGCGUAUGCAGAGGAGGAACGUCUGCGCAGCCGUGUGCAGUCAGAGAGGCUCUCGCCUCGGAUGUAUGGUCUCACCCUGCACCGUGCCGAGACCAGUGAUUCUGGAACCUAUUACUGCCUUGUGGAGGAGUGGCUCGUGGACCCUGAUGGAGCCUGGUACCGCCUUGCACAAGACUCCUCUGGCUUCACACAUGUGGCAGUGAGACAGCCAGUGGUGAAAUUACAAGUAGAGGAGGCAGAAUCCAAUAUCACAAUACCUGAAGAUGGAUCAAUCUGGCUGGGCUGCAGCAUUCUCUCCCAGUCGUCUAAAGACUCCCGCUUCUCUGUGUCCUGGUAUGUGUAUCAUUUGGGUCAGGGGGAGGAGGAUGAGCAAGAGUGUGUCUUCUCCAUCGGUCACGAUGCAGUGUUUGGUAAUGGGAACUGCAGCCCCGGUCCAAACUCUCGCCUUCAGUUUGAGCGCACCACCUCUGACCUGUACAGUCUGACCAUACAAAAAGCCCAGCCAAGAGAUGCAGGCAGGUACUACUGCCAUGUGGAGGAGUGGUUGCUGAACCCACGCAAUGCCUGGUACCGCCUGGCCACUAACAACUCUGGAGUCACCAUUGUUAAUAUUCUGGAGCAGGAUUCGAGCGUACAGUCUGUGGUUUGUUCCAACGACUCCCUCUUCUACUUUGUCUUCUUCUACCCUUUCCCUAUAUUCGGCAUCCUCCUCAUUGCAGUCCUGCUGGUGCGCUACAAGAGCCGCAGCUCCAACAAGAACCAGGAGGGCAAGAACGGAGCGCCCCUCCUCUGGAUCAAAGAGCCCCACCUCAGCUAUUCCCCCACCUGUCUGGACCCCCCUGUUCUCAGCCUUCAUCCCGGCUCUGUGGAGUAACAGUGACGAGCAAAUGACCCUGUCUCCCUCAGAGACUCGCUCAUCUACACUAUUUCUCUGACUCGCUUUCUUUUUCUUCUCCUCCUCCAUGACGAGGCCACCAGGAAGUAUCUGGCCUUCUAGCCUGGCCUGUCAAUCCGUUCGUAUGACUGACUAAAGACCUGUCUUAGUUGAAGUUGCCAUGACUACAGAGGCUACUGGUGGCAAUGCUUAGGCAUUUGGCUUGCUUUC